AUGUUGAAGACACAACUGGUAAGGGCCUGACUGAAUUCCUGCUUGACCACCUGCAGAAACACAGCCUGAGUCUUUCUGACUGCCGUGGUCAGUCUUAUGACAAUGGCAGCAAUAUGAUGGGCGAUAAACAGGGUGUUCAGGCAAGAAUUUUGCAAUUGAACAGCAAAGCAUUUUGCAUUCCAUGCAGCAAUCAUACACUUAACCUGGUUGUGGCAGAUGCUGCCAAGUCCUCAGUGCUGUCCAUCUCCUUCUUUGGUGUGUUGAGACUCUAUAACUUAUUCAGUUCCUCUGUGCAACGCUGGGCAGUUCCAAAGGAACAUGUAAUGCAGGUCACUUUAAAACCUUUGUCAACAACAAGAUGGGAAGCUCGGAUUGACUGGGUGAAGGUGGUGCGAUACCAGUUACCAGAGAUCCUGGAUGCAUUGUAUGCACUCCAGAUGUUUUCUAUAGAGAAGAGGGACUCAGAGACCAUGUCCACUGCUAAAAGCUUACAUGGUGAGAUGAAGACCUGGUCUUUUCUGCUUUGCACAAUGACCUGGUACAAUCAUGUCAGCAAGCUGCUACAAAGUCCAAAUGUUUCCAUGGAAACACUUAGAUCAGAAACAGAAGGAGUAAAAGACUACCUUGAAGACUUCAGGGAAAAUGGGAUUGCUUCCUGUCAAACUGGUGCAAAAGACAUUGCAGAAAAUCUGCAUAUGGAAAUGACCCUUCCUGAGAAAAGGCAGCGUAAAAAGAAAAGACAGUCUCUAUAUGAAGGUACAGAGGACACUCAGUCUACUCCAGUCGAGACUUUCAGAAGAGACUUCUUUCUGCCCAUGGUUGACACAGCCCUCAGUAGCCUAAGUGACAGGUUUUCAAGAUUGAAGGGUGUUUACGACCUUUAUGACUUUCUGUUCUCAAAGGACAACAUGAAGCAGACAAUAAAGAAUGGAAAGCUUCAUGAACGAUGCAAAAAAUUGUAA